ACUUUCGUUCAUUUCAAGAGGAUUGCUCUGGAUGACGUCGGAUCUCUUAUUCUCCCUGAAAAUGGCAAUGGGAAGAAUUGGGACCAGGCGUGUAGCUAUCUCACAAAGACACAUCAGGGGGAACAUGAACUGACACGACGUUACAUCUAAUCCCUCACAGAAUAAAUCAGAUCCAGUGUUCCGCGGUGAGGAUGUUGAACCUACUACGCCCCCUACUGGUCGUCUGGAUGUACCACCUCGUCUCCAGUCACGCCGCCCCAAGAUACAACAACGGCUUUUUCUACCACGACAUCAUGAACGGCGAUGGCAACGGAGAGAUCUAUUUCAACGGGGUGCGUCUCCAUGUGGAGUCCCCCCAGGCCUCGGUGUCGGCGGCCAGGGGUAGUAAUGUUACCCUGCCCUGUCACUACCGCUACGAACCCGAGAUCAACGGCCCCCGUCGGACCCGGGUCAAAUGGUCUUGGCUGCCCACCAACGGCGCCGGCAAGACCACCCGUGAGACCGACGUGAUGGUCGCCAUGGGCAACCGUCACCGUAGCUACGGCAGCUUCCAGGGGAGGGUGCGCCUGCGUCGGGCUGCUCCAGGGGACAUGUCGCUGGUGAUCAAGGAGCUGCACCUGAACGACACAGGCCGCUACCGCUGUGAGGUCAUCGACGGACUGGAGGACGAAAGCGUGACGGUGGAGCUGGAGCUGCGAGGAGUGGUAUUUCCCUACCACUCCCAGAAGGGCCGCUACCAUUUCAACUUCCUGGGGGCCCAGCGUGCGUGUGAGGAGCAGGAUUCGACCCUGGCCACUUUUGACCAGCUCUUUGUCGCCUGGGAGGAGGGGCUCGACUGGUGCAACGCCGGAUGGUUGGCUGAUGGGACGGCUCAGUACCCAAUCACCACACCGCGGGAGCCCUGUGGGGGCGUGGACUUAGCCCCUGGUCUCCGUAGUUAUGGACAACGCCACCGCCACCUCCACCGUUUUGAUGCCUUCUGUUUCUCAGCCGCCCCCAAGGGGACAGUAUACUUCCUGAAACAACCCCAGAAGUUCAACUUCACCGAGGCGGUGGCAGCGUGCGUUGACGACGGCGGUCAGAUCGCUAAGGUGGGCCAACUCUACGCCGCCUGGAGGUUCAUGGGAUUGGACCUCUGCAUCGCAGGCUGGUUGGCCGAUGGGAGCGUCCGUUACCCCAUCGCCAAGGUCCACCCUAACUGCGGCCCCUCAGAGCCAGGGGUGCGUCAUUUCGGAUUCCCCCCUCAGCAGCAGAAAUACAUUGUCUACUGCUAUCGGUAAACCCCCCCCCCCCCCCCCCCCCCUCAACGAAACCGCAGUACUACAGUAUGACAGAUAGCCUCUACUAGUUAACUUCUCUAUUCACCACAGACACCACACUAGCCUGCAUGCUACUUAGCAUUAGCUAGUUCUGCUCUUAUAGCGUCCGCUGUAUAGUCAUAGUGAACUGUCUUAAUCUCCUCAUAUUGAACAUAGUAUCAGUCAUACUCCCCGCUGAGACUCCAACCAGUACUGAUACACAUACUGUAUACUGGCUAUUUAGGGUUGUGUUGUCAGGUUUGGCUCACAGUAAACUCAGGGAAGGUGUUCAACCCACAGCAUUGCCCUCGUGAUGCUUCGCCAGUGAUUUUUUUUUUAUCCAACCAAGGUCUUUCCCUUGGUGUUUUGUUGAACUGUGUUUUGCUAUGUCUCACUGUUCCUGAAGUCAUUUCAGUUCAAUGUAUGUCAUUCAUAGUCUUAGGCACAUUUCUGGACGAUCCUCUUUGUGUUAGAAUGCCUUUUCAUGUCUUGUUUUUAUAAGGGUUGGAAUGGAAUGAUGAAAUGAAUGACUGACUAUGAAUACUUUAGCUUUUUAUACAUUUACAAAAAAAAAGAAAUGCCCAAAAAACAGUUUUUUUGCGUUUGUCGUUAUGAGGUUUUGUGUGUAGAUUGAUGAGGGGAACAAUAAGGAAUAUGAUUAUGUAAAACAAAAUGUGGGAAAAGUCCAGGGUUCUGAAUACUUUCCGAAUGCACUGGAGACUGUCAUGUUGGAAGGGGAUUUGCACUGUAGACUGUCAUGUUGGAAGGGGAUUUGCACUGUAGACUGUCAUGUUGGAAGGGGAUUUGCACUGUAGACUGUCAUGUUGGAAGGAGAUUUGACAGUAUUUUGUGACCUUGUAGAGGAGCUCAGUGUUAAAAGGCUUCCAUGUGUAUCGUGCUACUUUAAAUCAGGUUGUAUGACUUUAAUUAAAUCAACCAACUUUAAUUAAAUCAUGCUACUUUAAAUCAGGUUGUCUGACUUUAAUUCAAUCGUGCUACUUUAAAUCAGGUUGUCUGACUUUAAUUAAAUCAUUAGACUUUAAACCAGGUUGUCUGACUUUAAUUCCAUCGUGCUACCUUAAAUCAGGUUGUCUGACUUUAAUUAAAUCGUGCUACUUUAAAUCAGGUUGUCUGACUUUAAUUAAAUCAUUAGACUUUAAACCAGGUUGUCUGACUUUAAUUCCAUCGUGCUACCUUUAAUCAGGUUGUCUGACUUUAAUUAAAUCGUUCUACUUUAAAUCAGGUUGUCUGACUUUAAUUAAAUCGUGCUACUUUAAAUCAGGUUGUCUGACUUUAAUUAAAUCAUUAGACUUUAAACCAGGUUGUCUGACUUUAAUUCCAUAGUGCUACUUUAAAUCAGGUUGUCUGACUUGAAUUCAAUUGUGCUACUUCAAACCAGGUUGUCUGACUUGAAUUAAAUCGUGCUACUUUAAAUCAAGUUGUCUGACUAAUUAAAUCAUGCUACUUUAAAUCAGGUUGUCUGACUAAUUAAAUCAUUCUACUUUAAAUCAGGUUGUCUGACUAAUUAAAUCAUGCUACUUUAAAUCAGGUUGUCUGACUUGAAUUAAAUCAUGCUACUGUAAAUCAGGUUGUCUGACUUGAAUUCAAUCGUUCUACUUUAAAUCAGGUUGUAUGACUAAGUGUUCUACCAAAUUAAUAAA